AUGGCGAGAGUGGUGCCUGAUGGGUUGUGCUCUGUUUUACAGAAGGUGGGUGGUGGAUGGAGCCAGCUGAGCGGCCUGAAGGAGCGCCUCGACCCCCUGGAUGAGAGGCAGAUGCUGGAGGAACGGCAGCGGCAGGAGGAGGCUGCCGCUGUGCGCCGUGCACAGGAGCCAGAGAAGAUGGUGCACGAGAGCAUCUACAGGUUAUUUCGUGACACUGAACGCCGAGAGCCGCCCGUCAAGAGCCGCUACCCCCCGCCGGCACACUCCAGCAAGCCACCACAGCCGCCGCCGGACAAGCCAGUGGCGGCCGCACCGCUGCCCAAGCUGGCUGAGCCAAGCUUCAGCCUGAUGGGCUACAUGCCGAAUUACCUCAAGGAGCCGCCACCGCCCCAGGCCGCCAAGCUGCACGACCGCAGCCCCUACAGCAGCGGAGGCGGCAGUGGCGGCAGCUACCAUGACCACCGGGAGAAGGCGUCCGUCAUCAUCCAGCCAGAAGCCAAGUAUGACAAGGGGCCGCCACCCGCCAUGGCCCUCAGCCCCAAGCACCGGCCUCCGGAGCGCACCAGUCCCUUCCCCCCCUCCUCAGCGUACAAACCCCAUGACCCCUCCCCUGCCCUCUCCUCCGUGCCCCACACGGCCUCCUCCGCUGCCACGCUGCACCGCAGUGUGCCCGGCCACCACCCACCCUCCAUGCCUCAUGGGGUAGAGCUGGCCAAAGCACGCCCACCGUCCUCACCCCACCCAGCCUCCGUGCCCGGCCACCCCGACCGCUAUUACACAAGCAGCCGGCAAACCCCCACCACCUACACCUCCAGCCUGAUCACGGCCGGCCUGGUGCCCAACCCCAUCCAUGUGUCCGUGGCCGCCAAGGCCAAGGUGGGCUCCCCGCCACCCCAGAUGUACGGCAAGCCAGGCAUCACCACGGGCACUCCAGUGUGCCGCCCAGACACGCGCCCUGCCCAGCCCGUGCCCCUCACCAGCAAGGCCCCGACGCCUGGCCCACCUCCGGCUCACUCCGGCCGGCCUGCCCACCCCCACGCUGAGAGCCGGCCACCGCCAAUGCCACCACAUGAACAGCGGCCAUAUGACGCCCGCAUCUACCCCCCGCCAGCCCCCUCACCCCACCACAAGCACGUGGUGGCCCCAGGGCCGCCAGCUGCCCGCCUGCCUCCCACCACCUCACCCCACCUGCCAGCCCACCCCUCCUUGGCUCCUCAACCCACCCAAACACAACCGCUGGACCUCAACACGCGGGAGGAUGCUGCCUCGCCGGCUAAGCGCCGCACCGCCACGCCCUCGCCACAGGACACCAAGAAGGCUCGUUAUGACCCCAGCGUGGCGCCGCCCAGCCAGCCACCACUGCUGUCCCGGGUGUCGGAGCCCAGCCCCCUGUACCCUGCCGCUGCCACCACCAUCACCACUGUCGAGAAUCCCGUGGCCCUGGCUGACAGCUUGCCCCGCGUGGGCAGCCCUGUGUCCCGUCCACCCAGCCGGCCGCCUGCCGUGGGCACCCCCACCGCCACAACGCCACAGCCGCCACGCACCGAGAAUUCCUCCCCGCCAGGUGGCCGUGGCUCUGCCGAGCCUGAGAAGAGUGUGAGCCCCGGGCCGGUGGGCGGCUACGUCCACAAGCUCAAGAAGGCGUGGCUGCAGCGGCACGAGAACACUGCCGAACCCUCGGCCGUGCCACCCUCCUCGGGGACCAGCCUGGCUGCCAGGGUGACCACGCCGCCCCCCACCACGCCAUCCUCCAGCCCGCCUGCCAAGGCCUCCCCUGCUGCUGCUGCCUCUGUCAAGAUGGACGCCAAUAAGCCUGGCCAACGCAAACCCAAGCCGCCCAACAACAUCCCCAACGGCCACAGCCAGGAGGCUGCCGCCGGGGGCCGGGAGGAGUCCACCUCCAGUGACUCAGAAGGUGGGGCAGCGCUGGGCCCGGCCGGCAUGCGUAACAAACGGGGCAAGGCCAAGCGCAAGAUAAAGAAGAUCAAGCGUGGUAGUGGUAGCGGGGGCGGUGGCAGCGACACCAACAGCGACAGUGACAAGGACAGUGACGGCAGUGAGACGGCAGCCACCAAGGGUGGUGGCCGCCUGGCCUCCAAGCCAGACGUGGAGCCCAAGAAGCGCGGCCGCAAGCCCAAGACCAAGCAGGAGAAGGAGCGUGAGGACAGCGGACCCAAGGCCAAGAAGAUCAGAGAGGACGCCCCUCCGGGGGACCCCCUGCAAAAGCCCCCCGUGGCUCAGCUCAAAAAGACCGGUGAGAGUUUCCUGCAGGAUGGCUCCUGCUAUGAGGUGGCCCCCAAGCUGCCCAAGUGCCGUGAGUGUCGCUGGACGCCGCACCAGCGCAACAAGAAGAUGCCCAACAUUUUCUGCCGCUUCUAUGCCUUCCGCCGUCUCCGCUACACCAAGAAUGGACAGCUGGCCGUGGCGGGGUUCUCUGACCCCAUCAAGGAUGCUUUCGGGGACGACCUCAAGCUGUGGCUGCCAGACGUGGACAACACGCCGUCGGAUCUGGAUGUGGACAUCAGCAAGUUUCUCCUGACGCACGUUGGGGACCAGUUCUGUGACCUAGUGGAGCAGGAGAAGGAGGCCAUGGCGCUGCACAUGGGUGACGACUCAGUGGUGGCAUGGAAGCGUGUGGUGCAGGGCGUGCGGGAGAUGUGCGACGUGUGCGAGACGACCCUGUUCAACAUCCACUGGGCAUGCAGCAAGUGUGGGUUCGUGGUGUGUAUCGACUGCUACAAGGGACGCAAGAACGGGACAGUGAAGGUCUGGGACGAGGGCGGCAAGGAUCGUGACGAGUACUCGUGGCUGCUGUGUGCCUCCCGCCUCCCCCACGAGCAGGACAAACUCAUGCUCACUCAGAUCAUCUCUGGCAAUGCUCUCCUGGACUUGGGGAGGAAGGUGCAUCUUGGGAGGCACCAGUGGAGCAUCCCGCAGUACUGUGAGUGUCCCGAGGCCAAGCGGUACAAGGACCAGGUGCCGGAGGAUGACAAGAAGAAGGUGAAUGGGGUGAACAAGGAGCUGCUCAAGACUUUCAAGAAGGAACCCAAGGUGGAGUUAGUCAAUGGUGCUGUCAAGGCGGAGAAAGUCAACGGCAAGGAGGAGGAGGAAAUGUCCAACUCUCCACUUAACUUCUUUGCUGAUGUGGCGCUGUCCAAUGACAAGAGGGAGAGUGAGAGUUCAGACUCGGACUCAGACUCAGACUCUGAUGAGAAGGAGGGCAACUUUUCCACACUGCGGAAGCUCCUCAUUCAGCCCAACGGCAACACCAAGGAGGAGCCGGCCAAUGCGGCGGCAGCGGCGGCAGCAGCAGCAGGUGCUCGGCCAGCCAAGGAAAGCAGCAAAAAGCGGCCCAAGCUGGACACAGUAGAUGAAGUGAUCUCAUCCGUGAUCGACCACAGCUCAGACAAGGACGAUUCCAAGGACAACAAUCAAGUCGUGCUCAAACACUUCAUCAGAAAGUACAAUUAUGGCCCGCGUGGCCGCGACCCGCUGCCUAUCCGCAUCAUGACCAAGACAGAAAGCAGCCUGCUGUACCCCGGCGUGGCCCACUCAUGGCUGUGUGACGGCAAGCUGCUGCGGCUGCUGGAGCCGCUGGCCCCGGGCAACACGCCGCUCUUCCAGGACAUGUGGAAACGUGGCCAGCCUGUCAUUGUGUCUGGCGUCGGCCAGAAGCUCAAUGCCGACCUGUGGACGCCGCAGUCGUUCUCAAAGGACUACGGGGACAUCAAGAACGACCUCAUCAACUGCCUCACGGGGAACAUCGUGCCCAACCAGCCCAUGCGCAAGUUCUGGGACGGUUUCGAGAACUACGGCAAGCGGCUCAAGGAUGAGAAGGGGCAGCCCAUGGUGCUCAAGCUGAAGGACUGGCCACCCGGGGAUGACUUCGCCGAGAUGCUGCCGUCCAGGUUUGAAGACCUGAUGAACGUCCUGCCCAUGGGCGAGUACACGCGGCGUAACGGCCGCCUCAACCUGGCCGGCCGCCUGCCGGAGUGCUUCGUGCGGCCUGACCUCGGACCAAAGAUGUACAUCGCUUACGGCUCUGCCAUCCACCCCAACCGAGCCUCCACCAACCUCCACUUGGACAUCUCGGACGCCGUCAACGUGAUGUGCUAUGUGGGCGUGCCCAAGGAUGCCGACUACCAGGAGCAUGUCAAGGAGGUGUUCAAGGCCAUAGAUGAGGCGGGGUGUGACAUCUUGACUCGGCGCCGCGUGAGAGAGAAGGAGGAGGUGCCGGGAGCUCUGUGGCACAUCUACCACGCCCGGGACUCUGACAAGAUAAGAGAUUUGCUCAACAAGGUGGCCAUUGAACGUGGGGACAAGCUGGAGCCACACCACGACCCCAUCCAUGACCAGGCCUGGUACCUGGACGGCCCUCUGAGGGAACGCCUGUACAAGGAGUAUGGCGUGGAGGGAUACGCCAUCAUCCAGUGUCUGGGCGAUGCCGUCUUCAUUCCCGCCGGCGCGCCUCACCAGGUGCGCAACCUCCACAACUGUGUCAAGGUUGCCGAGGACUUUGUGUCGCCGGAGAACGUGUCGUACUGCUUCCACCUGACGCAGGAGUUCCGGCACCUGAGCGACACCCACACUAACCACGAGGACAAACUCCAGAUCAAGAACAUCAUCUACCAUGCCAUGAAGGACUCCAUGGCGUGCCUCCUGUCCAUCAGCAAAGAGGCUCAAGUGAAGGAGGAGGAGAGUGACACCCCCUCGCCGCCUGCCGCCACCACAGACAAGAAACGAUGCAACAGACUGCAGCCAACCGCAGCCACAAAGCCGCGCCGCGCCAGCCCAGCCAGCCACGGCAAUGCCAGCAGCGGCAGUGGCGUCUUGGCGGUGACGCCCAGCUGCUGUUGGGUGUUCCUGGCGGCGGUGGCGGUGCGGCACCAGGUGGCAAUCAAUCUCUGUAUUGUCUUGCACACAAACACACGUACGAAUUUUACAAGUAAGGCUGGCCUGGGCCUGCCCUCGGGCGGGGCGCAGCAGCCAUGGCCCGGGUCAGCGGAGGGCGUGAGGGGGGGACGACCCAGCCCACCACAACGACCCUCAGCUCCCCGACCCUCCCUCCCCUCCCUCUCUGGGCCACACGCAGCCAUGUCAUUAUUUUUGUUCAUUUUGUACAUUGAUCUCAUUGUUGGUGUAAAUGCUUGUAGAGAGACCCAGAGCCUCGCCCACACGGCGCCGCAGGCACAGUGCGGGUCAGCAGGAACUAGCCAGCCGCCAUUGCACCAACACUCCUUUGAGAACAGCGAUGGAAAGCUGAAAAUCUCCCAUACGUCACGGAACACUGUGUCGGUGAGGAUCAGAAUGCACUCGCAAUGCUCUUGGCUCACCUUGCUGGAUGGAUCAACACCAAAGCUUUCCCCCACAACACAACCUGAUGGCUUCUUGCAGCUUCCCUUUGUGUUGUGUUCAGUUGAUCCAUCCAGAGACUUCAACCAAACUUAA